AUGUGUUCUAUCUUCGUCAACCAUUAUCAAGCUUUCUUAUCUACGAAUUCGGCGUCCAUUGAAGCUUACCAUUCAUGCAAAUUUAGAGAUGGAAAUUCGGCGAGUAAGAUGGAGGAGGUUGUUGCAAGACUUUUGGAGGAGUCGACGGGGUACUGGGUGGGUUUCAUGUGGGAUAUUGGGGAUGAUGAUGACGAUGAUGAUGAUGAUGAUGAUGAGCUGUUUGGAGAUUGA